GUGGAGGGGCAUACCUAAAACAUCAUCGGUACAAUAAAACGAUUCGAUUGCUUUCUAGCUGUGUGUGUAACUGCUGAUAAAGAUCAACAAAAAUUUAAAAAAUAAAAACCCAAUUUGCGUUUUUAUCCUAGAUAAAACUUUUUUCUGCAACAAGAACAAAUCUGCAUUGUGGUAACCCAUCUUGUUGAUUUAUAUUUUCUGCUGAUUUUCAUGAACUUUGUUCCAUUCUGCUUUAUGGGUUUGCUUAGUUUGGUCUCUUUUUUCACUUAUUUUGUCUGACAUGGAGAUCGGUUUUCGGUGGCUAUAAAGGGAAAGAAAGGGAGAGAGAGAGAGAGAGAGAGAUUGUUUGAUUGCGGGGUGUGUGUGAGGGAAAGAAAGAUGGGAAGGCUUUUUGUGAUCACUCUUGAAGGAAGCAUCUAUAGCUGCAAGCACUGCAGGACACACCUUGCUCUUUCUGAUGAUAUCGUUUCUAAGUCUUUCCAUUGCAGGCAUGGAAAGGCUUAUCUCUUUGAUAAAGUCGUAAAUGUCACACUUGGAGAGAAAGAAGAGCGCAUGAUGAUUACUGGAUUGCACACUGUUGUUGACAUUUUUUGUGUUGGAUGUUGCUCAAUUGUGGGUUGGAAAUAUGAGGCUGCACAUGAGAAAACCCAGAAGUACAAGGAAGGAAAAUUUAUCCUGGAGAGGUUUAAGGUGUUGGGUCCUGAUGGGAGCAACUACUCGUCACCUCAAGAAGCUAUAUUUGGUAGUAGUGAUGCUGAUGAUGCCUGACUAGCCAUUCAAUAUGGAAUUGAUAGACUGUUUUAAUUGUACAUUCUAUGCACUCUAUGUUCUUUGGUUGGGUCUGAAAACCGAGUUCAUAAUGUUAGUCUCUUCACUGUUAUGGACCAUUUUUGCAGAUAGUAUAAUAACAAUGCACUUUCUCUGAUUUAAA